GUAAUUUUAUAUAGAAGAGAAAUUCCCAAACGUUUUGUUUGAGGAAUUAUUAGGGAGUAGGGACAUGUACAAGGCAUAAAUCAAUCAGCAAAAAUUGUGAUUGGUUUGCCUACAAAAAUCAAUAUUAAUUCAAACACAAAUAAUAUAUCUGGCCCAACGAAUCAAUCGAUACAAAUCACUUUACUGCAUUCUGGUAUUCUUUCACAAUCCAACAGUCUGAGAGGUCCGAUCAAAGAAUCUCAAUUCUCAAAGCUUUCGCAAUCAAUCACGCGCACCACCAUCCAAAGAUAGGCCCCACUCCCCCCUCGUGGGCAGAAUUAUUGCCCACGAUUCCUCGGCCCACUUCUACGCGCCUUUUGCUCUCUUUUGCUUUGCUUCGCUUAUUUAUUACAUUAAAAUUCUCCUCCUCUCCAGAAUGCAGUUAGUCCCAACCCACUAAAUAUGAUUGUUAUGUUAUACAGGCAGGCAGAGGCAGACGAGCCGACCUGAUCUUGUCCAAGCUAAUUAUUAUUCUUUUACUACCGUAAUUACUAGGUCAGAACCUGUCUAUUGUCUAAUUUCUCCCACACGGCCAUCUCUUUGUUGUUUUUAUUAGAUUUUUGGCUUCUUAAUUUAUCCCCAAAUUACCAUGAGGAUGAUGAUAGACCUUGGAAGCCAGAGAGGGCCUCUCCAUAUAAAUAUGAUGGACACGACAACCUCUGUGGAGUGUGGCAGGGAAGUUAGGUUCCGCCGAUCUUUCAGAUCCCUGGUGGAAUGUAUGGUUCCUUGUUGUGGCUUUCAACCUCCAGUCUCAAUCUCCAGCGACACGGAAUCGACCCAUGGCUCAAUUAGUUCAACGGUCACAGGAACCUUCUUCGGGUACAAGAAAGGGCGUGUGAGCUUCUGCCUCCAGGAUGGCACGCGGACCUCUCCUCUUUUGCUACUGGAGUUCGCUGUCCCCACCGCAUACCUUGCCAGAGAGAUGCAGUACGGUCUGCUAAGGAUAGCGCUGGAAUGCGACAAGCAAAAAGAAAGAUGCAGCUGCUGCUCGCUCUAUAACGUGCCCGUUUGGUCAAUGUGCUGCAAUGGAAGGAAGGUGGGAUUUGCCAUAAGGAGGCAGAUAAGCGUCAAUGAUGCCGCAGUGCUUAAGCUCAUGCAGUCCGUGUCGGUUGGUGCUGGAGUUUUGCCGGUUGCCUCAAAGUCUGAGGAGGAUGGGGACCUCAUGUAUCUGCGAGCUAGUUUCGAAAGGGUAAUUGGGUCAGCCGACUCAGAAUCAUUUCACAUGCUUAACCCAGUGGGUAGCGCCGGUCAGGAGCUCAGUAUAUUUCUGUUGAGAUCAUGACACCUGCAUAUAUAUAUAUAGAUAUAGAUAGAUAUCCCUAUUUAAUUUGGUCCAAUCAAAAGAUUUUAAUCCAACCAAACCCUUGAGGGUUGAAACUAUGCUUUUAUAUAUUAAUAAUUAUAUGAUAGGAUUAUUAAAUUCUUACUUCUUAAUUACAAUUGUUAGUCAUAACUUUCUUCCAAUUUCCAAUGUGUAUAGGUGCUUGUCUAAUUCCAUAUCAUACCAUAUCGUCCUUUCGUUACUAGAGUUUCUAAAAUAAUUGGAAAAAUCUAAAAUCAAUUCAAAUUGUCGUAUUUGAUUUGGGUUUGUUAUUUUUAUUUCAUAUGGAAUUUUAAAGAUGCGUACU